UGCGGGUCAGAGGGAGCGGAGCGCUCUGCCACAACUUCUCCCGGAGACUCGCACCAUGCAGUGCUCGGCCGAGCCACGGCUGCACACGCCGGACAGUCGGCGCUACAAGACUUUCAUGAUCGAUGAGAUCCUGUCCAAGGAGAGCCACGGGUUCCUGGACCUGUCCCUGGGCUCCCGAGCCGGCUUCAUCGCCCGCCCGCAGGGGCUGCACUCCUGUGCCGGGCCAUCAUUGAGCUCGUACCCAGCGCUCUCAGUGACGCAGCUGUCCCCAGUUCUCACUACAAGGAUCCCACAGUUCCUGUCUCCAGCCCCAUCCUCCAAUACAACUGGUUCAGCAGGCCCCGAGGGUAUUACUGCCACCAGCAGUGAGUGCGACUGCGACCAGGCUCUUCCUCGGUUUAAGAAGCCCCGGAGAUGUCGCACCAUUUUCACCGAACUGCAGCUCAUGGGUCUGGAGAAGAAAUUCCAGAAACAGAAAUAUCUCUCUACUCCAGACAGGUUGGAUUUGGCACAGUCACUGGGAUUAACUCAGCUUCAAGUGAAAACCUGGUACCAGAACCGGAGAAUGAAGUGGAAGAAGGUGGUGCUGAAAGGAGGCCAAGAGGCUCCAACCAAACCCAAGGGGAGGCCAAAGAAAAACUCCAUCCCCACAACAGAGGAAAUCGAGGCUGAGGAGAAGGAGACCAGAUCGGCACACGAGCAAGAACCAUGUCUUUCUUGAGAAACGAGUAACACAAAAAGUUCUUUCAUUCUUCACUGUGUCCUGGCGCUGUGGGACACUGCCAUUGGUUCCAGUGGAGGCCAGGGAGUGUAGUAGGGUCAGCCCGGAAUCUGCUGCAUGUAAAUAAUGACAUUAAUUUAAUGGGAGCUGGGAGCCAAUCCUCUGUGUAUAAGGGAAAUUUAAAUAAAAUAUUGUGUAUUGUUCUGCUAAA